AUGUCGGGGAUCACGCCGGCAGCCAACGCAUCUUUGUCCAUAUCCGCCCGGCUUGCGGUGGUUGUAUGUCCUUGCCUAGUAUGCUGGUGGCUGUACAAUACUGCAACUGAGGCGGCGAUAUUGGCCCCAUUGGUGUUUCUCCCCACAUUGUGCAUGUACGGUGCAUGGGCUUGUGCGAAUCAUGCAAAGCCGGAACGGCGUGGUCAGCUCGAGACGAUGGUGUGGAUAUACUUUUCCGUCAGUAUUUUUGGAACUACCUUACUCGGUCUAGCUCAGCUUUUGGCCUACCUGAUUGUUGUGUCGUUAGUCAUGGGACCACAUGCGGCAGAGUAUUGGACCGAGUUUUUACGUGGAACGGUUGAUGGCAUGACAGUCGAAGAACGUGAGCGCCGAGCUGAGCUUGCUGGUACUUGGAAAAACUGGCUUCUUAUUGUCUUGUUUUCUUUCGUUAUGGCUGGUGGCUUUGAAGAGAUUUUAAAAUACUUGCCUGUGGCUUAUGCCCGGUACCUCGAGCAAAAGCACAAGUGGAAGCGCGAAAGCGCGUACAUUGACUUUGCCUUGGCUGGAUCGCUCGGGAUGGCUACCGUUGAAUGUAUCGGUUUCUUGCACGAUACAUAUGCUGGUGGAUCCCAUGGUCUCCUUGCGCCUAUUGUGACAUUGGUACAACGCCAGAUUGCCGGUACAACUGGCCAUAUGACGGCCUCAAUGCUAACGUCGUUGCGUGCGACGCGCUCUGACUUUUAUGGUCCAGUUCAUUCAUGGCUCUGGAUUAUCUCGCCGUCUAUGAUCCUACAUGGUAUUGCGAUCAUGACUGUGUUUGUAUCGUGUACUUUGGAUGGUCACGUUGGAUGGGUUCAUCCUACAGAACUGAUCUCUAUUGCUGGUAUGUAUGGAAACUUCUUCUGUGUCGUCUGUGUCGUUACGGUUCUCGCUUAUCGUGAACACAAGAUCCUCAAGUCGCUUGGGCUUCAUUCGAAGUAA